GGCGCGCGAAGACCAGACGGAGAACGACUAUGCGUACGACGACGUGCAAGAGCAAGGCAGCCCCUCAGCCCUGCACGUCCACUUCCAGCACAGGGCACACCAGGCUGACACACCAGCAGUGAGCUCCAAAGGGCUCCGGUUUUCUUUUAUGAUGGAACAAACUUUACAGGAAGCUUUGGAGUGGGCAGAUGAUAUUAUUGAGUCUGUCCAGCAGCAGCCCCCUCCAGCGAGACCCGAGCCUAACGGGGAGAAAUCUCUUCAGGAGAAACUGUAUGACAUUUAUGUUGAGGAAUGUGAAAAAGAGCCUGAGGCAGGGGGCCUUCGAAGCAAUGUCAACUUGCUAGAGAAGCUGAUGAAGAGAGAGGCGUUGCCAUGCUUAGUGGUCAACCUGUACCCCGAAAAUCAGGGCUAUUCUCUCAUGCUCAAGGACAAAAGUGGGUCAUUUUCAGAGACCUUUCAGUUGCCUUAUGAAGUAGAGAAACUGCUGGAAUAUUUGGAUGCUGAAGUGUUACCUUCUUUUCUGAUUGAUGUCCUGGAAAAGUCUCCUGUGAAUGUUUUUCACCAUGGGUGCGUCAUAGCAGAAAUCCGAGACUUCAGGCAGUGCGCUAGCAUCUACCCUCCUGAGGAGCCUGGUCCGGAGCCUGCUGCGUCAUCUACUGAGCCCUCUCUUGCUUACCAAACUCGGCAUAUUCUCUUACGUCCAACCAUGCAGACUCUAGUGAGUGAUGUAGAGUCCAUAACAACAAGUGAUAACCGUCAGUGGAGCCAGAAAGAAAAACUUGAGCUUGAGAGCCAACUGCUCUUAGCUACAGCAGAGCCGCUGUGUCUGGAUUCCUCUGCUGCUGUAACCUGCACGACCAACAGACUGCUGUUUAAUGACCAGAAGAUGAACACUGACCCCAUGAAACAAAACUUCAAGAGGCAUGCAUCCCCCUUUCUGGAUCAACAGGAGGUGCCAUCUGGAUGUACCUGUCCCCCUGACCUCACAACCAUGACGCCUUUCCAAAAACAGGCAAAAAUAAUUCCAGAUGACCCGUCUGACCUGGAGAUUGAUGAAGCAGACACCUGGAAGCCGAGACUCUGUGAACUGACUGUGCCUUCAGAGAUGGACAUGCAGACAUAUGUUGAUGAGAUGCCAUCUCUGCCCUUUGACGAGGCAGAACCAACUGUCUCAGCAGCUUCUGAGGUAAAAUAUGAUUGUACGUUUGAUUAUGAGGAUGAUGAUCUGCUAUGGGGUAUGAAUUCAAGUCUCAUGACAUCCCUUAAUGAUCCACUUUUCUCUGAUGACAUAUUUCUCCCUCCAGAGGACAGAAGUGAUAGCCAGAUGUAUCUCCCUCCCAUGCCCCUGGGUGAUUAUUCAGAUGAUUUCAUGGCUGGGGUAAACACCGAGCCUAGGAAAACAUUGGAUGUGUGCCAAGAGCCUGUCCAGAACAAAGCCAGCUGUCCAGGCACGAUGCCGCAGGGAUCUAGUAGCUCAGUCUGUCUUCCUCAGCCCUCCCCGGCGGAGAAGCCCACAACCAGUUUAGUGCCAUCCUCAGUCUUAGAGAAGGAAAGCAGAACUCCUCUACCAGUUCCACUUGCCCCCAUCUCAGGACAGGGCUCCGCAUCUGUCAGCUCCCUCAGACCACAGGCUAGCCCAGUCGCCCCCCCUGCUCCUAAGGCAGCCACUGUGGUCCAGCAGAGUGGACCUGUAGGAGGGGACAGAGUUAGCGCCCUUCCUCCACCCGCCCCAGCCAAUGCUAAGUCAUCAGGAAACAACCCAAAGAUCCAGCACCCCACCAGCACCCCUGGGGUGAAUGUGAUCCAUGUGGUAAGGUCUUUGUCAAACCUCUCCAGUUCGGUGGGUAGUUCCAGCCAGGCCCGAGGCAGCCCCGCCAGUGCCCCAGCUGCUGAGGGAAACACUCAAACUAGCCUCCCGACCAGAGAGCAGCCACCUGGGCCAUCACAGCGUCCUGUGAAGCCCCCUAUGCAGCUCAUUAUAAACAAUACAGCAAAUCCCUUAACUGUAAAGCUUCCCCCUGGCUCUGUCAUUUUGCGCCCAGAGCCUCAGAAGCCAUCCCAGGGACAGGCACGGCAGCCACAGCAGAGGCAGCCACAGCAGAUAUAUGUAUUGAUUCCAAAACAGCAUCAGCCACCCAGGGCCCCUGUCCCCCCACAGCCCCAGCCCCAGCCCCAGCGACCAGCUUCCUCCCAAGGGUCUAACCAACAGCCGGCAUCCUUGCCAGCUCAGCAAACCAGUCACCUUAACACUGAGCAAACUGGUCGCCCUAACACUGGGGGGACCAGAGUGAUUCAACAGACCCAUACAUCUGUGGUCUGUCAGGUGGGCUCGACCCAGCAGGGUCACAGGCAGAAUAUUCAUUCCCAGAGCUUCCAGCUCUCUGCUACUGUGGUCCAUCAGGGACAGAGUCAGACCCAGAACGUGCAGCUGAGGAUCAUACCCCGCAUAGUGAGUGUGUCCAGAGCAGCCCCUCAGACCUCUGGGUGUGGGUGUGCAGCUGGGGAACCCAGUGAGAAAGGACCAGGAGAUCCACCAACCUCCCCGGGUCCUAAGUCUAGUUCUCGUUAAAAUAUACCAGCAUUGAGCCAAGUCCUUUCUCAGUUUUUAUUUCAUUGUUGGUGUUUGGAACGUGCCAACGGGCCGUUUUAUGUUUGAAAUGCGAAAAUAAAAAGCUCAAUGCCCAAGUUUUAUAUAGGAACAGGAAAGGGAUUUGAAAAACUGAGGCUGUUUUGCUUUUUGCUUUUGAUUAAGUCAUGUUUAUUGUAGUGUCACAGUGUGAAUCCACAUCGAAAUUUUGUUAGCUUCGGUAAUUCCAGAUUGUCAUCUAGAUAAACAUUAAAACCGCAGUAACAUGGGGCUGGACAGAUGGUUCAGCGGUUAAGAGCACUUGCUACCCUUUCAGGGACUGGAGUUUGGUUUCCAGCACUCAUUUCAAGCAGCGUACAGCUGUCUAUACCUCCAGCUCCAGAAAAAUCUCACACUCUUCUGGCUUCUUCAUGUGUCCCUCCUGCACAAAUAUAAAUAAAGUAGGAGCUGGGGUGACACUUAGUGAUUAAGGACAUUUGUCGCUUUCGCAGAGGAACCUGGUUUAGUUCUCAGCACCCACAUGGUGACUCACAACCAUCUGUAACUCCAGUUCCAAGGGACCUGACACCCUCUUCUGACCUGCAUGGGCACCAGGUACCCACAUGGUGCACAUACAUAUAUACGUGCAGGCAAAACUCCCAAGCACAUAAAAUAAACUUAAUGUCUUUUUUUAUUGCAAUAAUACACUUUUAAGUUAAUAGUUUACCAAUAAUUGAGAGGCUUAUUUGUAAAUGGUGACUAAAAACAAACACACAUUUUGGUGUUUCAAUGGUUUUAAGGUCACAGCUCAGUAUUAGUACAAUCCUAAUGUUGUGCAACAUAGUUCUAGAACUUCAUUUUUUCGGGGUUGAAACUGUACUGCUAAGCAUCAAAUCACCCAUUUCCUGUCCCCGCCCCUGGCUGCCACCCUUGACUACGUUUCCAGGAGUCUGCGUGCUCCCAGUACCUCACAUGCGUGGAAACAUGAGGUGGCUAUUAUAACAGGCAGUCUUUUCACUUGGCACGAUGUCCUCAAGGUUCGUGCCUGUUGUGCCUUGUGUCAGGAGGUCGGUGCUUUGUAAAAAUCAUUUCCCUGUGUUAAAUACGUAAGGAAUGGACUUGUGAACCAGGAGAAAUGUCUUUCAGGAGAAUUUAGUUUAAAAGGCCUGUGUGAAAUGCAGUGGCUGCAAGUACACUGUGAAAAACUAAUACCAAAGGAGACCAGAGCAGAGGAAGGUGGUCACACUGAAAUGGAGUGCCCCCAGACACGCGCCCCUGUGCAAUCGAGUCGGUAGCAAAUUUGGUUAGGACCGGCCAGCCCUUGGAAGGUUUCCCAGCACUCGGUGCUCAGGCAGACCCCAGCUGUCCUCCGGACCCUGCCACUGGCCUGGAAGAGGCAAUCCGGGAUGGCUGGCUGUGGCUCUCCUCGUGAGGCCCUUUCCAUGUUUUAGAACAUUCUAGGUUACUUGGACGAAGGAAAUAAGCACUUGGAAACUCAGGUUUCUGGUCUGCUUCUGCAGUGCCCACAGCCUUCUGAGGCUGCUAGGUGAGAUG